UUUAAGAGACAGUUUCUGUGGCCUUGGUAGCACUCUGAUGGGAGCCAUCAUGGAGAGAGCUGUGGUGCGACUCACCCUCUUUGGGCUGCUGCUGGCUUUGGCUACCACACUACCAAACAAGGACGACAGGGACAUCUACAGCUUUCACAUCAACUCCACAGUGUCCAGUCGUUAUGCAACCACUGUCAUCACGAGCCGUGUGGCCAAUCGGAUGAAUGAGUCAAAGGAAAUAGAAUUCCAAGUCCGGAUUCCCAAGAACGCCUUCAUCAGUAAAUUCAGAAUGUUUAUAGAAGGUCAAGUGUACGAUGGUGUUGUGAAAGGUAAAGAGAGCGCUCGGCAGCAGUACACUGAGGCUGUGUCCCGUGGUGAAAGUGCUGGGCUGGUCAGUUCUGUAGGGAGGACUCUGGAGGAAUUCAAAACCUCUGUUACUGUGGCUGCUCACAAAAAGGUCACCUUUGAACUCACAUAUGAGGAGCUGCUGAAGCGAACGCUUGGAAAGUACGAGCUGCAAAUCCACGCUCGACCCAUGCAGCCUGUCAAAGACUUCAAGGUUGAUGUGCACAUUAACGAGAAAACCGGCAUCAAUUUCAUCGAGAUUAAAGGAGGACUGAGCACCAAAGACCUGGCUAAUGCCAUCACCAAAACACACGCCGACAAACAGGCGUGGGUGUAUUUCUACCCGACAGAGGACCAACAGAAAACGUGUGACAGCUGUGGGGAGCAGGGUAUGAAUGGAGAUCUGGUUAUUGUGUAUGAUGUCAACAGGGACACCUCACUGGGAGAAAUCGAGAAAUCAGAUGGAUACUUCGUUCAUCACUUUGCUCCGUCUAGUCUUGCCCGCAUACCAAAAAAUGUUGUCUUCGUUAUUGAUCAAAGUGGCUCAAUGGGCGGCAGAAAAAUAGAACAGACCCGAGUAGCAUUACUCCACAUCUUGAACGACCUAGCAGAGGAGGACCACUUUGGUCUUAUCACUUUUGAUGGCAACAUUUAUCACUGGAAACGAGAACUUGUUCAGGCCAACAAGGAAAACGUUGAGAGUGCCAAGACAUUUGCACGGAAUAUCAGACAUCGAGGAGCCACAAACAUUAACGAUGCAGUGUUGGAAGGAGCACGUAUGCUGAAUGCACAUCCCAGAGAAGGUUCAGCAUCCAUCCUCAUACUUCUCACCGAUGGAGACCCAAACUCAGGGGUGACAAAUGUCGAAGUAAUCCACUCAAAUGUCAGGCAGGCCAUUGCAGAUAAAUUCCCACUCUACUGUCUUGGUUUUGGUUUUGAUGUCAAGUUUGAGUUCCUUGAGAAGAUGUCACUGCAGAACAACGGUGUGGCCCGACGGAUUUAUGAAGACUCUGACGCAGAUUUACAGCUGAAGGGUUUCUAUGAAGAGGUGGCUACUCCUCUAUUGAUAGAUGUGACAAUGAUCUAUAACGGUGGGACCAAUCUAACCCAGACCAACUUCAGCCAGUUUUAUAAUGGCUCUGAGAUCGUGGUGGCUGGUCAGAUCACUGACAAUGACAUCGAAACCUUUACUCCACAAGUUGUGGCCAUUUCGAGGAGUAGAAAGGUGACCUUUUCUGAAACUAACACCACUGUGGAGUCCACUGGAACAGUUUCCAACAGCCACAUCCAGAGGGUCUGGGCCUACCUCACAGUCAAACAGCUUCUGGAGAAAGAGCUGCUGUUAUCUGGAGCUGAGAAGGAGAACGUGAAGAAAGAGGUCUUGGAGCUGUCGCUGAAGUAUAACUUUGUAACCCCGCUCACAUCCAUGGUGGUCACCAAGCCUCCGGGGGAGAACACAGAUGUGCUCCAUAAACCCAAGGAAGGGGAAGCACACAGUCCACCCAUGUCAGGUGGAGCAUGGGCAAAACAUCAACCUGUAGCGCACAGUCCAUCAUCUGGAGGGUUGGGAGGAGGUCUCUCAUUUAAAAUGAGAACGAUAUCUUUCAGUGCAGGCAGUUCUUCAGGAUUACCCAGAUAUCCAGAUAUGAUCAUUGGAGCAAGUGGUGUUCCAGGUUUACCAGGAGAACGUGUUCGUCCAGGUUUACCAGGAGAACGUGGUCUUCCAGGUUUACCAGGACAACGUGGUCUUCCAGAUUUACUAAAGCAUCCCUCCAUUGUGCCAGACAGAGCGACUGAAGCUCCUCUCUCCCACAGGUUUUUACUAAAAUCUGAGAAUCUGACUCUUCCACUAUGCUUCGACAUCCCUGGAGGUUUUCGCCUUAAACUACUCCAUCAUCCCACCAGGGAGCUGUCUGUGAAUGGUGAGCUUGAUUCAGUCAUGAAUGGAGGCUUCAAAAAGAUUGUCAUCCACUUAAACACUGACCUGCAUGUUGAGGUGGACACCAAUGAAAUCAUUGUACGAGACGGACAGACGCUGACACGCCACAGUGGACAGGAUGUCUUCACAGCUGGAAGUUUGUCCGUGAUAAAGCGGGACAAGGAAAUAGAUGUUGCAGUUGGAGACACACGCGUGGUCAUCCUAAUUCAUGUGAAGGAUGGAGAAAAAUUCCUCUGGCCGGUUUUAAGACAGCAGCCACUGGAAGAGAACGUCACAGGAAUUUUAGCUCUGAAGCCAGCAGUUUAUGAGGAGCUGCAACAAACUCCCUCAAUCAAACUUAAGAUCAAAGACAAGGAGGUUUACGUAACCAGGGCCAAUGCUGUCGACUACAGUAUCGUCUCCACUCCGACACUGGACUGCUGGCUCGCGUAUGUUGAGUCUGCCCUGCAGAGACGCCUGGAUGAUUUCAUCGUUACACAACUUUAACUGGGAACCAUGUUGAAUCACUUGCAGAGAUUUCAUGUAAAAGGAAAACAUUGAUCAUGGCAAAAAGACUUUCCAGCUGUUACUAACAUAGAUAAAUAAAUAAUGUCCCAGAUC